AUGGGGCCGCGGACUCGCUUCUCCUUUGAGCUGAAGACGCCGCGGCGCCUGGGCGCAGUUCUGGCAGACCCGGUCUUCAAGGAGGCGCAACAGCGAUGGGGGCUGCACAGUCAGACGCGUGUGUGCGCCUUCCGGUUUCAGCAGGACAACACCAGCAGCGCCGUGCAGGAUGGUCUUGGCGGCGGCGGCGUCGUGGUUGCCGGUGCGCUGCGGUUCUCUGGGUUUCACAAAGGGAUGCUGCAGGAGUUUCUCGUCUCUCUCUUUGACUCUACCGCGGUGCGUGCGGCACUCGCGCUUCGUGCUGCGCCCCAAGCAGCGGGCGACGCCGUGCAGUACACCGAGCUGCACUGUCGGUGGACGACCUUGGAGCCGUUUAUGCGCCUUGUCGAGGCGGGUGUCGUGCGGCGUGUGGAGCCGCAGGAGGAUGUUCCCCGUGACGAGGCAGAGGCGGCCCUAUUUGACGGCGCCGUCCAUUUCCCCGUCGUCCGGCGCGCGGAGGUGUACCUUCCGCACGACAUCGCCGUGACUGACGAGCUGCGGGCGCUCUUCCUGCUUUCCCCCAGCCGCGCCAUGUGCGACGCGGAGGACGAGGAGGAGGCGUGGAACACGUUUAGCUACGGCUCCGGCGCGAAGCUUUCACUUGCGACGCUUCGCCGAAUUUUCAGCGAGGCGGAGCGUGCCGAGUUUUUGUACCACAUUGUAUGGCGCUUUGUGGCGGGCGGCGGCAACAACAACCAGUGGGACGAGGACCUGGGCGUGUACCUGGACCUGGCGCGUGCGUGGUACAAGAGCCUUGUCGCCAUCCGUGCGGUGCACGCGGGCGAGGCGACGGCUGUCGCAGGCGGCAUGGACGAGCCCGAUCGGGCCGCGGAGGCGGACAGUGGUGCGCUGGUCGCGGAGGUGGUCUCAACGGUGGUUGCUGUGCAGGCGGUGGGCGGACUCUCCCUCUUUAGCAGAGCCGACGAGGUGGAGCCCAGUAACUUGAACUACUGCUACGUCUGCAUCGACCCGGUGGAGGCGGAGGUGGUGGUCUGGUACCACUGCCUCUAG